AUGCCCCCAUGGGGAAGACCACCAGGGGGGAGGGGAGGUGUGGGGAGGUCUAUAGAGGAGGUCGAGGACGUGUAUCGAUUUCAGGAGUUAGACAGUGAUGACGAAAGGAAUGGCGUUUUUUUAGACCCGGGUUAUCAAAAAGUUUCGAAUGGCAAGCAAUAUUUCAAUCCGGAUGACCUUUAUUUCAAUGACAUGGACUUAAGAGCUUGGGAGUCGAGAAUUGCAGCUAUGGAUGCGCUAGGAUACGGGGAUGAUUAUGGAUAUCAGGAGGAUGAAGGAUUCUAUGAUGAGAUAACUGGAGUCACUAUGCCUCCAGAAGAGUAUCAAGAGCUUCUCUUUCAACGGGUCUUGGACAAGAUUCGACUUGCGAGAGCAACAAGCCAGCCAGAUGUACAACUCAGUCAAGAAGAACUCGAGGUUUACGAGUGCAGGCUUCUAGGCCAAAGGGUGCCUGCAGUGCGCCCAACGCCAAAAGCCAGACCAGUUAGUAUGCCAGUGGCAGUGGCCGUGGCCGGUAGCACAAAUAAUACCCUUGUCAACACUUCAAGUCACGCCGGUGGCUCUGGUUCAGGAAGCACAAAGUCGAAGAAGAGCCAACGUCGAACUUCGAUAUUUACGCUCCGGCCUAAGAAGGAUAAACCCAGUGGUCGGAAACGGUCGCCUUCAAAUGUUUCAGAAACGGCCAAUCAAGCCAAUCAAGCUACUCAACAACCCGGCUUCAUCGUUCCCGGGCCAAGCGGUCAGCCUGUUUAUGCUCCGAUCAAUGCAUAUACUGGUCGCACGGCUCGGGAUCCCGCCGUCCGCUCCUCUGGCUCGCCAUCCCGUCGGCAAGCAGCAACACCUCCACCGCGACUUACUCCUCCUCGGGAGAUGCCUGGAGGGUUUCCUUCUGGCUCGCCGCAAAGGUUUCCUCGAGAGCCUACGCCUCCACGACAAACCCGCCAAUCAUCUUUGCAAGAUAGUCCUGAUCCACUGCCUAGUUCCCGGAGUCGCUCAUCCUCCAUUCAACAACCAGCCAAGCUAGUACCUUUUCCUGUCACUGAUUAUCACUAUUACACUGCCGAGCCACUACAUUAUUUCUCUCCAGGACAGCUUGCUCCUUCCCAACAACAUUCUCCAGCAUCCUCUUCUUCUCAACCUCCUCAAUAUACUCGAAGAGUAGGCCCAGGGCUUGCUGACAAUGCCUACAUGUCCAUGCCGCGCCGCGUUCCGGUCCCGGUCCAGCGCGUGGCUGUACCUGCCACUGGUGUUCAAAGCAGCUACUCUGAGCCUACACUCGGAUGUGCAGGUUCAGGGUUGCAAGAAGAAAUGAAUGACAGGGGAGAUGGCGCUGUCCUAGUGGACGCGAUUCCGCAGGAUGACGACAAGAGCCACAAGACUCAAAAUACCAAGCCUAGCGGGAAAGAGAGCUCUGUUAGCAGUAGAAAUGCGAGAGACAGUGAAAGGAGAAGGAGAUCAGGGCGCAGUAGGAGGAAGCCUUGA